AGCAAUUUUUUAUCCACUAGAGGUAAUAACCUCACGUAACAACAAGAAAGACCAAACAUCCUUAGCCAGAAAUGAAUUUUCAUUCAUCUAUAUGAAUUACUACUAGCUACUACUAGCUAGCUAGUAGUAGUAAGAGUACUAUUACUCUCGUGUAUGUUCACUGCUCACACAAAACUCCAAAAUGAUGAACCUAACAUCACCGGAAUCCGUUAAUCUUCCCGGCAAAUCCACGCAUUUCGCGGCCGAAUGUUGGUUCGAUGAUACAUGUAUCCUCGACAUGGACUACUUUGUCAAGACACUUUCUGGCAUUAAGGCCAAAGGUGUUCGUCCUGAACUUAUUGGCUCCAUUAUUACUCAUUAUGCUUCUAAAUGGCUUCCUGACCUUUCUUUCGGAGAAGGUUCAGAAGUUUUUCCAGGCCCGACUUUCGAGGACUCGCCUGAAAGCGUAACGGCAUUAUGGAUGAAGAAGAGAUUCUUCGUGGAAACAUUAGUCGGAAUUCUGCCACCGGAGAAAGAUUCAAUUCCAUGCAAUUUCCUUUUACGGCUACUUCGGGUUGCAAAUAUGGUUCGGGUCGAGCCAAGUUACCGGGUCGAUUUGGAGAAAAGGAUAUCAUGGCAAUUGGACCAGGCAACAUUGAAGGAACUAUUAAUUCCAUCAUUUGUUCACACGUGUGGAACAUUAUUGGAUGUUGAACUUGUACUUAGGUUGGUUAAGAGGUUUAUGAAUUUGGAUGAAAGUGUAAGAAGUGGAAGUGCAUUAAUUAAGGUUGCUAAGCUUGUGGAUAAUUACUUAGCUGAAGCUGCUGUUGAUGGCAAUUUGACAAUGUCAGAGUUUAUUGAUCUUGCUGGUGCACUUCCUGGACAUGCUCGUUCUACUGAUGAUGGUUUGUAUAGAGCCAUUGAUACCUACCUCAAAGCACAUCCCGGGUUAUCAAAGCAAGAAAGGAAAAGUCUCUGUAGGUUGAUCGAUAGCAGAAAGCUAUCACCCGAGGCGUCUCUGCAUGCAGCGCAAAAUGAACGUUUACCAGUGCGAGCAGUAAUUCAAGUGCUUUUAUCCGAACAAACAAAGCUCAACAACAACAAGCAGCUUCAAAUUGACUGGAGCGGUUCCUUUGUGAGUGUUACCCGAAGCCCCAAUCAGCAGGGACUAAUUGAGCCUCCAGCACGGUGUAUGUCAAAGCGCGAAAUGAAUGUUCAGCAGAUGGAGAUAAAGAGGCUCAAAGAAGAUGUCCUGAGGCUACAGAGUCAGUGUAUGGCAAUGCAAGCGCAAAUUGAGAAGUUGUUAGAGAAGAAACGAGGCAGCGGUUUUUUCAGCUGGAAGAAGAUUAUUGUGCCUUCGUUAGUGAAUAAGGUUGAUAAAAUUGGAGAUGUUGAUAGAGAAACUGAAGUGGGAUUUGUUGGAAGACAAACUCCUGGAGAUAUGAAGACUAGGCUUGUUAGAGGCAGAACUCCUAACAACAAGUGGAGGAAAUCUUUGUCCUAAGAGAAAAAAAAAAGUUAAAAAAGUGUUGAAUUUGGAAUAGGUGCAGGUUAUCAAUCAAUGCAAAAGUACUAGAACUAAUUACGAUUCCCAAGUUUAGUUAUUGUAAUGUACCAAAAAAUAAGUCUUACGUUAUUGUAAUCUCUUUUUUUUUUGACUUGUACCUUAUAUUUGAUUAAAAUAUAUGUUUAUUUAA